AUGUUCAAAGGUCUGAAAAACCGGCUUCAAGAUGAAGCAAACAGACUCAAGGAGAACUUACAAGUAAGGGAAUGUGUUGAAAAUUAAUUAUUACAUUCUUUAGGUUUUGGGCGAUGGAGUUGUAAUGCCUCCGACGACGUCGAUACCUCCAGAUAGUGUUUCGCUAGAUGAUGUAAGUAAUUUUGUUUAUAUUUUUCUGAUUUUAGGUUUGAAUUUGGCGGAAUUGAAUGUAAAAUACGUUCAAUGUAUGGAUGACUUUUUGAUUUUUGUUUUAAGACUAAUUUUCGUUGUUUUGGAUAGUUUUGUGGAGAUAAGAUGGACCUAAAAUGAGAUUUUUGAAGUUUUAGUGGUAAAAAGAGUUUCUAAAACAUAAGAAUAAGAAAAAAAUACCAAAUUGAACUGUUUCUUAUUGCUUUAGACUUUCUUUUGAAUAAUAUUGGUUUAGGUAUACUUAAAAUGUUUUUUUAAAAGUAGGUGUACAAUAUAGCAAUUUCACUGAUACUAAAGUAUAAAUUAGACAUUACUAGCUUAUUUUUGGUUUUAUUAUCCUUCAUUAAUUCCGAUUACCUAUUUUUCCACUUUAGACAAGUGAUAACGAAUCCAUAACGUCCAAUCACGUAGAAUCGCCCGAAACAAAAGAGAAAAUCCGCCAAAUCGAACAGAAGCUGGCCAAAGAAUGGAAAGCUCGGCUAGAUAAGUGUGAAUCGGAAUGGUCACAACGUGCCGAUAAAAUACGAGAGGAGUUUACAUUAAAAUUGGCCGAACAUAAGCAAAAAAGUCAUGAAGCGCUCGAACAAAAGGAUGUGGAGCUUUGUAGUUGGAUUGCCAAGUAUCAUCAAGCCAAUAAGGAAACGGAGGGCAAAAAAGGAGGUAGUGAGGUGAGUUUGGGAUGGUUUUUUGAAUGUUAA